AACAACGGCUUAGAAGGGGUUCCGCUGCAGAAGGCGAGCGCAUCGUCCGUGCCGUCGGAUCUGCGACUCCUGAGGAAUGGGAUCCGACAGUUCGAGACGGGAGAGAAGCGCUUGUGGCCUAAGUAUCUGCAGGACUUGUCUCAACUCUUUUUGUCCAAUUCGUUCCCCCGAGCCGUCAUCGAAAAGCCCGGACGCGUUAUCGAUGACGUGACACGACUUCUUACGAGGAUAUUGACUACAAAGCUAUUCGCGGAUAUCAUCAAAGAGGUGAUCGACUGUAUGGCAGCCUUCAGCACGUGUCUGACCCAUCACUUGCGGGAACUGUUUAACUGGAUGUUCGACUUAUACAACUCGUCCAUCAGUGAUGAGACCAGAAUUGUUUUACUCAAGAGUUUACUGAAAAUGAUCUCGAACAGAGGUAAAGGUAUGAAUGAAAACAUGGGUUCACUUCUGAACAAAUUGAAGGACGCCUUAGAAGAAGCCGAGAAUAUUGAACUCCUGCUGACCGUCACUGAAGUGGUCUUAAUGGCGGCCAAACAUUAUCCAAAUCUAUUGCAACAACACUUUCGAGAUGUGGUCGAUAUACUGAUCGGUUGGCUCUUGGAUUCAACUCAAUGUCACAAUCAAGUGAUGACUAAACCACUGGAGAGCGCAUUGAUUUCCCUCAAAGACUUUUGGCACUUCGACAUCGAAUUUUCGGUCACACUUUUGGGUCAAUUCAUUGAAGACUUUGAACGCUUUUACCAGGAAUUGAUUGAUGAGAAUAAAGUGGAUUUGAUUGAACCCAAGAGCCAACAGACUCCGCAAAGCCGGCGCUCCAACAAUGAGAUCCUCUCGUCGGACGCAAAGGUCUUAAAGAUGGCCGCUUUGGUCAAGAUCUAUAUAACUGUUCUGAAGAGUUUGGANAUUGAACCCAAGAGCCAACAGACUCCGCAAAGCCGGCGCUCCAACAAUGAGAUCCUCUCGUCGGACGCAAAGGUCUUAAAGAUGGCCGCUUUGGUCAAGAUCUAUAUAACUGUUCUGAAGAGUUUGGAAAAGUUUCAAUCCCAAGACUCGACGCCAUCCAUAACCUGGCAUUUCCUGAGCGAAGCCCUCAAAACAGUCAUCAAUUGUGUCAAUUCUGUUAUAUCUAUCAAACACUCCGAAGACUUAGUCAUCGCAACCAAUCACUGCUCUCGACUCACAUUACAAUCAGUUGAUCCCUUGUCCACACAAUCCAAGCAAUUGUUAUCCGUUUUAAAGCCACAAUUACUUCAAUAUUUGGAUAAAAUUCAGGAGUCGUUUGAAUUUGCGAGCAAUGAGUAUAUUAUAAGUUCACUCGAGUUAAUGAAAACAGUGGUCAAGGGUUUGAAUGUGGAGCUGGACAUGGAUUUUGUGACCAAAGUGUUUAUAUCGGGCUCACAAUCACACAAAUUGCGAUUCAUUCCAUCAGAUAGUGUUCAGAAGAGUUUACUGUCUUUACAUCACUCGAUCUUAUCCAUCAAAAGUGUGCCAAUACUUGAAGAGGCCUACCGGUGCUUAUUGUCAGACAUGAGCUCUGCUCUCACAGCUCUCUUUGACUCAAAAAUAGUUCUUUUGGUCGACUCUAACGACAAUAACUCAAAGAUUUGUUAUACGGAAGAGGAGGCCAUCCAUUCAUUGCAAUCAUGUUUGGUGUCAUUGGCAGAGAUCGCGAACACCAAGAAUUCCCUGAUUGUGAUGUGGGCUCUAAGGCCGACAUUCAUUGAUUUGAUUCUCAAUAUUAUAAACCCGUUGAAUGAAUCGCUUUCUACCAAACAUCCAAGAAUUCACUACUCAUUGUUUUACAUCCUAUACUCGCACUCCAGUAAACACAUGCACUUCAUAUCAAGCAGUAGUCUUAUCAGUAGUCCUCCCAAUACAGCCAACAUAUCGUCCACUCCUAGUCUCACGACUGGCCUUCUAUUCAAUACAGCGAUGACUAACCACAGCGUUAAUCAUUUGUCUAAUAUCUUAAAUCUACUGAAGUCUGCGUUCAAACUCAAGUCACUGCCCGUCGACACAACAGUCCUUUGUAUCGAUUGGACCCUUGAAAUAGUGGAGAGUUCGCACCCACACAUCCACAGCUUCUGUACGUCUAAAGAACUGAUAUCAUUGGUUGAGACCAUCGCUGACCUGUCUUUUUCUAACGACAAGAAAGUAUGUCUAAAGAGCGCUAAAGUAAUUGAAUCGGUAUUGAAGUCAUUCCCAGACAUCUCUCUGCCGAAUGCUUUUGAUAAAUACAAGAAGUCAUGUGACCUCCAAAUCGGACACAUCGACCAAGAGAUCAGUAAAACGUUUCUCAAUUUAUUGGCUAUCCUUCCGUCGGUCAACAAAUCACAAGACAUUGAAAUGACUUCAACUCCGGACUUAUUUAAUAGAAAGGAUGGUUUCAUAUAUCCCGAAGACAUUCAUAUGUCUAUAAUGGCAGUCAUGCAGAGAGAUCCGUCGACUUCGUUCACGUCUAACUGCUUUCGAGCCAUUGUUUCCUUCAUUUUAGACGACAAUCAGUCAGAAGAGAGCAACAACUGGUUGUGGCGUUGGUUUCACUGUUGUCUCUCCGACGACAACCCAAUAAAGUGUUCCCAAUCUUUGGCUAAAUAUCAUCAAAACUAUUCCAACCAAAUAAACACAACCCAAGUGUUUAAUAACCAUAAAAGUGCGCAAAUAUUCUGGUCGUGUUGGGAAGUGGUUCAGUACUGUAUCGCCAACCGAUUGCGCACACCGUUAGGCAAACCUCAGGACACGUUCACUAAAAUCGAGGCAUCAAUAAAGCGACGCGUCGUCCAAAUCCAGGGCUCGCUGUCCGACACAAACGCCUCCAUCGAAAUGAAUUCAAUUCAAGUGAGAAUGUUAUUGCUUUUGAUGGAAAACAUGGAGAAACUCAUCUAUAAUGCAGUGGACGGCAACUCCAGCCGACUCUACACGACAUCUAAAAUUGCCAAAUCCUUUUUCCGAACCAACAAAGCUACCUGUGCCGAGUGGGUCAACAGGAAUCGCCUGUCCGUUAUGUUGAUUGCACUGAAUUGUGGCGAACCGGCCACUGUUGUCCGUCACGGACAGGAACUGUUGCGAGAAGUGAUUCACUCGAAGAAGCAAAACGAUUUGGAGUUGAUUUUGAUUUUGAUUAUCGAAGCGCUCAUACGUCUGGAAGCGGCCGACGCGGCCAUGGGUUACUAUAUUUGGGCCAAACAUACCUUUGGAGUGCAGUACCGAUGGAUCAAAGCGGCCGCAGAGGAAGCCAACGGUCGCUUCGAGAACGCGUUGGAACUCUUGGACGCCAUUCAUAAGCAUCGAUCGCAGUCUCCAUUUGUAGGCAACGAUGUCGUCGCCACUGAAGAGGAGCAGUCGUCCAAUCAAAUAGAUUUUCUCAACAAUCGUAUGAUUCAGUGUUAUCUAAGUGUCAAUCGUAUUGACGAAGCGAUUGAAUGGAGUGAACAGACAAACCAAAACUCACACAACAGUCUAUUUCACCGUCACAUUGAUUACGAGUAUUUGAAGUCUAUGUCUGAAUUCCCGACUCAUGUGACAAAAUUCAAGAAUCCGACACAAAAUAUUGAGAAACAAAUCGAAGAACUCAUUGAUAAUAAUAUCAAUCCAUUGCUCAAAACACCACUUCUGUGUACGCCUUGUGUGGAGAAUCCAUUGAUUACUGUUUUGCACAGAAAUGCCAUCGCAUUGAAAGCUAUCACAAAGAAUGACUACAAGAUAUUGAAGAAAAUAUCGUCAUUGAGUCCAACCUCUGGAUUCAUGUCGUCAAACGCGGGUGUUUUGGUGAACGCCAUGACUUGGGCUAAGAUUUACAACAAUUUCUGCCAAAAGAUGACAAACAAUUCAAUCGAUUCGUUAAACAAUGCGUUCAAUGAAUUGAAUUACAUCUCUGCGAAAGUGGCCCGAAAACAGCAAAAUCUAAAACUCUCGCAAACCCUGCUAUUAGAAUACGCGGCCAACACUUGUGGCCUCGAAUCGGCUAAACAGUUCAUUAAGAAAGAUGUCAUCAAAGAGUUGUCAACGAAAGUCAACAACAUUUCGCCACUCAUUGAAGUCAUCAAAGAAGCCAUUAAUUCAAACAAUAGGUCCGAAAAUGUAAUAAACUUUGAGUUGGAAUCCGCGAAACUCUUGUAUAGUUUCGGUGACUCGAGAGCCGCGAUCGACACACUUCUCAACUCGACAUCACAUCUGCUGAACAAAAGUGACGACAAAUACAGCGACCAAUACAUGGAAACAAUGUCACGCUCUCUGUUAUCUUUAGUCAAAUAUCUACAGUCGGACCCUAAAUAUGUUGAACACCUAAACAUUGUCACUCACCCGACGCUCUCAUUACUGUUACACCGUUUCGAUGACCUAAUUGGCUGCGAGCAGGCAUUGGGACCGUCGGACACACUGAUCGGUAAGCUAUUGCUGUUUAGUGUGAACAACUAUCCGGCGUUAGCGAAGUCGUGGUACGAGUUGGGCGCCUGGAGUUACCGCUGGGGUCGCAAACUCAGUGACCUGGAGGACGACAAACUGGAACACAGGAGUAUCACGAAAGGCGAGAGCGCGUACGCCCUCUACAAGCUGUCGGCCACCUCUUACUUCAAGUUCUUACGAAUGAGUGGACACACCAGCUGUGAGUCAGUCAAUGCAACGCUCAGACUGUUGAGACUUAUACUAAAACACGCGCCGGAAAUGCGAGAAAUCCUUGAGACGGGUCUCUCGCAGACCCCGACCGAGCCCUGGAAGAACAUAAUCCUACAGCUGUUCUCCCGUCUCAACCAUCCCGAGCAUUACGUCAGACAGAGUAUCAGUGACUUGUUGUGUCGCAUCGGAAAGGAUAGUCAGCACCUGAUUGUCUUCCCAGCCGUCGCCGGCUCUCUGACCAACAAAAAGGAUGAAUAUCUGUUUGAUUCGGUUCCGGGAAAGGGAUUCGAUUGCGACGAGAGCUUUGACGACGACUUCGAUGUCGACGCUGUGAUCAACGAACAGGAAGAAGAGUCGGCUCUUAUGCAGGACUGUUACGCCUCUCUGGUCGAGACACUGAGUCAACAAAACGCUCAAUUGAUUUCGCAAACGAAGACAUUUGUCCACGAAUUGCGUCGAAUCACUGUCUUGUGGGACGAGGUGUGGAUCGGGACUCUUCUGAACCAUUUGGGAGAACUUAAGAAACAAAUCACGGCUUUUGAGACAGAAAUCGACAAAAUUAAAGGCAAUCAUCUGUUGACUGACGACGAGAAGGAGCUCAUCAUCCGAGAGAAGCAUAACAUACUCUUCCGACGGAUCAUCUACUUCUUGGAAUUGACUCAAUUGAUCACAAGUGAAGCGCCCGAAACUCCUCACGAGUCGUGGUUUCAAAGAUGUUUUAGUAAAUCCAUUGCCGACACAAUUAAAUGUCUUCAGUCGCCGCCCGACCCCUCACAACCGCAACAGAAUUUAGUGGUUUAUCAACAGUUGCUGCAAACGAUCCAAAAGAAGGCAAUUAUGGCAUCCAAUGGACGCUCACAACUGGUUAUGGAUAAUAUCAGUCCUAUUCUGGCGGCUCUCGAGAAUACUGUGAUUCCGAUGCCAGGACUCAAUGUUCACUCGACUACCGGCUCUAACAUCACAAUACAGCGCGUCUGCAGAACUGUUACCACAUUACACACCAAAACCAAACCCAAGAAAAUUGUUUUCUUUGGAUCCGAUGGAAGGGCUCACACUUAUCUGUUCAAAGGACACGAAGAUUUGCAUUUAGAUGAACGCAUUAUGCAAUUCCUGGCGAUUGUCAACAAAAUGAUUGUUAAAUACGAUAACAGCAAACAGGAAAGGGUUCACUACAGGGCCCGACACUAUUCGGUCACUCCUUUGGGUAAUAAGUCUGGACUCAUUCAGUGGGUCGAUGGCGGACAAGCACUGUAUGGCUUCUACAAGAAAUGGGUUCUCAAUCGCGACGUCUCGCCCACCAAAACCAUUCAAAAUCAUAACCCAAACGCAGCGAAUGGCGGACACAAUGAUAACAACGUCUAUAAGCCGUCGGAUAUAUUCAACAAAAAGUUGGUCUCAAAGGGAGUGACGGAAACGAAUCGAAACGAGUGGCCGUCGAAAGUGUUGGUUCAGGUGUUGCAUGAGUUGAUCAAAGAGACUCCCGAUGACCUCAUCUCCAAAGAGUUGUGGUGCGCGUCAGUCAACCCCUACGACUACUGGCGCUUAACGCAGACCUUCACCUAUUCUAAUGCCGUUAUGUCUAUGAUUGGCUAUAUUAUUGGCUUAGGGGACAGACAUCUGGACAAUAUUCUGCUCGACUUGAGUACCGGCGAAGUGAUUCAUAUCGAUUACAACAUAUGCUUCGAGAAGGGAAAGACACUUCGGGUGCCGGAGAAGGUGUCGUGCCGUUUGACCCAAAACAUUGUCAACGCGUUUGGAAUGACAGGAAUUGAGGGCACGUUCCGAAUGUCGUCCGAACACAUCCUUCGAGUGCUUCGUAAGGGAAAGGAAACACUUCUCACUCUUCUGGAAGCCUUCGUUUACGACCCACUCAUCGAUUGGACGCCAGAGCACGAGGAGGGCUAUACGGGCGCCAUAUAUGGUGGCGCCAGGAUCUCCGAGUUGGCCAAAGAGGGCAAACUUAUAUCCAAACAUCAGAUGGAAAAAGAGAAUUCCGAAGCCAUUGUCAAACUGAACGCUCGGAUCAAACAAAUUGAAAGACAGAAUAAUUGGCCCAAAAUUUCCAACCAAUCGGUCAACAGAAUUGAGGGCCCAAUGGAUGCGUUGGAAGACAUCUCUAUGAAUGACGCGGCGUUGGACGGCAGAGACCCGGAUCAGAACAAGAAGUAUAGUGUCAUCGAUCAGGUGAAUCAUGUGGUGAAGGAAGCCAUGGACGUCGAGAACUUGGCGCACAUGUAUGAAGGCUGGACCAGUUGGGUGUGAAAUGACACAAAACGAGAACAACAUUGGGUUAUAAGCUGUAAAACAACAAAAUCAGAAUAAUCUGGUUUUCACUACAAAACGAUUAAACGACCAAAGCAUCCAAACAACUGGUGCCCGACCUAUGGGUGCCAUCAAACGACUCGACAACUGAAUCGGAAACUGUUUGUUUGGUCUAAAUAUCGAAUUCCAAUAAUAAUAACAAAUAAUAAAAUUGAAUAAAAUAUAUCAAAUCCAUACAUAAGUGGUUAGUAUACAGAGUGGAGAGAGAGAACCGAUUGCUUUGGAUCUUUGGGUUCGUCUCUCUCUUUGAAUCCGAUUUAAUUGUUUUUCAUUUCACUUAAACGCUUGUGUUUCCCGAAACGCUAUUAUUUUUUUCAAACCCUUAUUUAGAUUUUCUGUUUAAUUUCUAUUCAUUUACCGAAA